GAAAGUGCAAUGUUGUCCUCAGCUCACCGCCUUCACCCACGAAGGACCCGACCGCACUUUUAGGCAGGCGGUAAACCACUUGAGGACACGGUCAUCACCAGAUCAGGAAGCGCGAAUACUCCCUUACAACGCUCAUUUGACUCUCGAGGGCCAUGCUUGUGGCUCCAAUUAUUUAGGCUACUUCUUUUUACUCUCGACGCCCUCACUCAAGCCUAAUCUGCUUUGACCCUGUAACUCGGCACCCCACGAUCUUUUAACUCCGCGGCGGCCACCGCUGUCGCCCGAAUUCGCCGCAGGAUGUCGUCAGACUACACUUAUGAUGAGCAGGGACAAUUCUUCCCCUUCUUCAUCUUGACCUUGACCGGCUUGGUCACGCUCCCUCUCACCUACAACCUCCUCCGACCAAGCAAAGAGCUUGAGAAUACGGCUCCCCGCAUCAAAUCCGAUUUCAAACCUGAACAUGCCGAUCUCGUCGAGUCGCAGAAGCGCAAGCGUCUGCGCAAGGAGCGCCGAAUCAAGCGCAUCAUCACUGUGAUUGUGGGCUACAUCGUGAUGGCCUGGAUGGUGUAUCUCAUUCUCGUGACGGCGCGGACGGUCGCCAAACUAUAUGACCCAUAUGAAAUUUUGGGCGUCUCAAGGAGCGCCGACGAAAAAGCUAUUUCUCGCCACUACAAGCGCCUUUCCCUCAUCUAUCACCCCGAUAAAGUUCGCCCCGAUCCCGCCAAGAAUGAGACUAUGGAGAUGCUCAAUGAGCGCUUCGUAGAGCUCACCAAGGCUUAUAAAGCGCUCACUGACGAAGAAAUCCGAAAUAACUAUCUCCAGUAUGGCCACCCCGAUGGCAAGCAGAGCUUCAGCAUUGGUAUCGCCCUUCCCAAACUGAUUGUCAUGGACGGCAAUGGCAAAUACGUCCUGUUAAUUUAUGGUGCUCUGUUGGGUGUUCUUCUGCCUUACAUUGUCGGAAAGUGGUGGUAUGGUUCUCAGCGCUAUACCAAGGAGCGUGUCCUUGUUGCCAGCGCAGGUAACAUCUUCCGCGAGUACAAGGAAGAUAUUCUGGACGGUGGCAUUGUCACCGCUUUGUCUUCUGGCGAGGAAUUCAAGGAAAUGCUCAAGGGAGCUCAAGCUGAAGCCGGGCUUGCAAAGUUGGAGAAGAAGGUUCUGGCUGAAGAAUCAACAUUCCUCACUGCCAAGGACCGCGAGGCGAUUAAGCAAAUGGACAACUCCGCCCGUCGCAAGGCUUUGGCUUUGCUGUGGGCGUAUCUCGGCCGUAUUGAUCUUGGUGAUGCGACACUUGACGCAGAGAAGUACGAAGCUGCGCCUAUCGCUCUUACCCUAGGCGAGGCCUUUACCGCGAUCUCUCUGGCAUUCGGUAGCCUUCGCCCUAUUCUCGGUGCUUUCCAGGUCUCUCAAAACUUGAUCCAAGCUAUUGCCCCCGGUUCAUCCCCUCUCUUGCAGUUGCCCAACUUCACCGAGUCAAUUGUCAAGUCUGUGGAAGGCGAGCACUCCAAGGAACACUGGACUGUUCAAAAGUUCAUGAGAUUGGCCGAGGACGAGCGCCGCAAGCUUACUGUGGGCGCUGGUCUGUUGUCUGAGAAGCAAUACACGGAUGCCGUCACGGUGGCUCGUCAGCUACCCGCACUGGAGGUUUCCAAGGCAUUCUUCAAGGUCAUGGGUGAGAAGGUUAUCACUCCUAGCAGUCUGGUACAGCUGGUUGUGAAGGCACGAUUCGUCCCACCGGGUUGCACGCAAGUGCCCCAGAUCAAUGAGCUCGACUUGGAGGACAUCGACCCCGAUGAGGAUGACUUGGACGCGCUGAUGGGCCGCAAGCCGGCCAAGAACCGUGCCACCAAGAUGGUCGAUGGCAAGAAGGUUGAGAACAAGAUUGAGACCAUCCAACCUCCCCUCGCGCACGCUCCCUACUUCGCCCGCGAUCAUUCCCCUCGCUGGCAUGUCUUCCUGGCCGACGCCAAACAAGGCAAGAUGGCUGUGCCUCCCUUCACAUUCACCACCUUUGACAAGCCGAUUCUCGACGAGGCCGGCAAGCCCACGUUCAACGUGCAAACCCUCAAGAUGCAGUUCCAGGCUCCUCCGCAGGUCGGUGACUUCACCUUCGUCAUGCACAUGGUUUGCGACAGCUAUCUGGGUCUGGACACGAAGAAGGAGAUUACCCUGCAUAUUGACGACCCCGCCAAGGCCGCUGCCUUGGAAGAAGAAGACGACAUCAGCGAACCGGAUGAAGACUCCAUCGCCGGUCAAAUGCAGGCGCUCAAGACUGGCCAGGCUCCGAAGCCUAAGAAGGCUAAGAAGCCUUCCGAGUCCUCCAGCGAGGAGAGUGACACUGAAGGCGACGCAGGCGAUACUAGCGACACCAACACCGAGACGGAGGAUGAGGAUUGAUCGCAUCUACCUUGCUUUGAUUAAUGGAUUGUACACGGGACUUGUGUGACAUUGUUUGGUCGAUUAGGACCGAUGUUUCUGGGUGUCCUUUUUUUUUCUCUUCUAUCACUUUUGUCAUAAGACAUCCCUGGUUCUUCUUUGUCUUGCCUUCUUUUCCUCCCACGACGGUCGUCGUCCCAUUGGGUGUAUUUCUUCGGGUGUUGUCUCAUUCUCCAUCUUGGUGCCAUUCCUCCUUGUUUCAUCCUCGCUCCGAGCUGCAUUCCCCCUCUUCUCUGAUCUCUAUAUGUCCGUGUCCACGUCUAUGUUCAUCUAGAACAUUACCCCCUUUUAACAACCCCCGGUCCACCGCCGAAAAUAGACUCUGGGAAUACCAAAUAUCUACCUUCUGCCAUCCCGCACAACCUCUAAAUCAAACAUAUCCACUGAAAUCAAUCAGCCUCCGUCGUAAGAUGUGCAUUCAGUGUAGUAAACCUAGG